GCUUAACAAAGAAAUUGAUCAAAUCCACCCUCCUCCUAUAACUGAAAAUGUUCUAGCUGCUCUACUAACAUCUUCAACAAAGACCACCACCACAGCAACAUCCUCCGCAACAAAAGCUACUCUUGCUCUCGCAACACUCACAACAAACACCAGCACCCCAUUUACACACGGAGACAUCUGGAAGGGAGACACUGGAAAUUCUCUUUUCAUGUCUCAUUCGCGGACACACGGGCAAAAAUGUUUUCGGCAACAAUCGUUAGCAUAUUUUGACGUUUCUCUCAUUCGUAUAGCCGUGAUUUGUUUGAAUUUUAUAUUGUGAAGAAAUAUAUUAGUUUAUUGCGAUUAAAUAUGGAUUACGAAGAAAAAAGUGAACUGAUUAAAAGCAUAUGGGAAUGCAUUGGUGAGGCUGCGGAAUUAGACUCUGACGACAGCGAUAAAGAAGAAAUACUUUUAGGAUUAGCAAAUUUGGGCGAAAAAGUUUCAUUGUUGCCUAUCAAGAGGACCAAGCGGCAAUGGGUAAAAGAAUGGCGAAAAAACAGAUGCGAUCACGGCUCGUUCGCUUUUUUAAACAAAGAGUUGCUGGUGCACGAUGAGCAGAGCUAUAAGAAUUUUCUACGGAUGUCAAAUGGCCAAUUUCAUUACUUGCUAUCGCUAAUUGCAGAUGAUAUUCAACGUUCUGAUACUUCAAUGAGAAGCGCGAUUCCAGCAGCAGAAAAAUUGGCAAUGACGCUGCGGUUUCUCAGCACUGGUGAGUUAAAGAGAUGGUGAUAUAUGUAGUAUUGUUAUAAGAAGUUAUUUAUUUUCAGGGGAGUCUU